GCUCGAGCUGGAGAUAGCGCGCGCGCCAUGGCGGGCGUUCUUCCUUUCUCAUGCUUCCAGCGGCGAUAUUUCGACGCGCCCGACACAAAAUGUGGAUCUUCUUCUCUUUCAGAUUGCGCUGAGCCGUGUUCUUCGUCCGUCGCCUCUCCGUGCUGGAUUUCGUCGAGGUAUGAUCCACGCAGAGCAGCGCGGGGGGUUAGAAUCCAGGUAGCGGCUGCAGUAGCGAGGAAUUCUCCAAGGAUUAGGAACCUUAGGAACAAUCCCGGCCCGGCGUUGAGCCCCGAGCAGCUUGCGUGGGAACGGAUGAUGCUCGAGGUAGAGAAAUCUCCCGAGCCACUGGCAAUUCUCAAGAAGUACGCUGGAGAUGGAAAUAUUUCUAGGGAGAGUGUCGUCGGGACGCUCACCAGGUUUAAGCAAAUGCAGGCGUGGAAGAUAAUUAUCAAGUUCACGGAAUGGCUCAUGGAGCAAGGAUGGUACAAUUUCAACCAGAAGGAUUACUUCCUGGUUUUGCUGGCCUAUUGCAAGGAUGGGCAAGUCGACAAGACGGAAGGAAUUUUCCAACGAAUGGCAGAGCUUGGUGUUGCGGCCAACAUCGAAAUGUACACGCUACAAAUCGAAGGCUACGGUCGACGACGGAGUUUUGACAAGGCUGAAGCUGUGUUUCAGAGACUGCUAACAACUGGUCCUUCGCCUACAGCACAGACUUAUCAAACCAUGAUGAAAUCAUACAGUGAGGCUGGGAGGUUGGAUGAUGUCCAACGAAUUUUUAAGCUGGUAACAGAUUCGCCGAGUCCAACAGUAAAACCGGACGCGAGAAUGUAUAAUUUGAUGAUUCAUACGUAUGGGAAGCAGGGCAAAGUUGAACAGGCCAUGUCCGUUUAUCAGUCGAUGAAACGUGAGCGCGUGGCAUUAACGAUAGUUACGUUCAACAGUCUUCUUGCAUGUCAAAAGACUUGGAAGGAUGCUGAAGAUGUUUUCCGGAAGUUGCAAGCUGCCAAGCUCGACCCAGAUGUCUUCUCAUAUACCGCUCUGGUAAAUGCGUACGCCAAGGCGAGGAGGGCGGAAUGUGCACACGCUGCUUUCGAUGACAUGAUUGCCGCUGGCAUAAGACCGACACAAGUUGCCUAUAACGCACUUAUUAAUGCGUAUGCGAAGUGUAAAGAUCCGGAGGGAGCACGAGCUGUUUUAAAACAGAUGAAACAGAACGGGUGUACCCCUACCGUGGAGUCCUAUACGUCUUUGAUAUCUGCUUAUGUUAGCGUGAACUUGAUGGCUAAAGCGGAACAGACAGUUUUGCGAAUGAAGGAAGCGGACUUGCAACCCAACUUGCAGACAUUUUGCAUUCUGAUGACGGGCUACGCGAACGGGAACAAGUUAGACAACAUGAUGAGGUCUUUCGAGACGAUGAAGCUUGCGGGAUUAGAACCAAACCGUCACGUGUACACGGUACUGGUAAACGCCUAUGGGUCCAACGACGAUUUUGAUUCAGCUAUCAUCUGGUACAAGCAAAUGCUAGGCACUGGAUGCAAACCGGAUCCAAUUCUGAGAACAGUACUGCUGAAAAUAGCCAAGAGUCACGAGCAAACGGAGGAGAUACACGAGCUUCUAGGAAUGCAAAAAUCUGCUAGGAGUUUGGAAGAAGGCUUGGACACAGGAGUGGAUACUCUGGUUCUGCCCCAACUGGAGAAACAGGAACUAGUGGCUGCUCGAUGAAACCACAGACAGGAAAUUUUGCUUUAGAUCCAGGAAACUAGAGCUGGGGACCUGCUGGAAUUGUAUACAUAAGUCCAAAGGUACGGCCUUUCGUUUAGUUUCGGUUCUGAGUGACUUGUGUUUUGCUCCAGGCUUCAGUUUCUCUACUGUACAGAGCGGAACUGAACUGACUGUUGCAAGCAAGUUGCUGCUGGUCGUGAUUAAAAAACAAAGAAAAGAAAAAAAGAACUACUUUUUGUUAUCGCUUUGGAGUUGAAUGGACGUGAGUUUCUGCA